GUCACAAUGAGGAUAUAUUACCUAUAUCUAAUAUUUUUAAUAUCAAUAUCUUUUAUAUCAGUAAAAAGCAAUGAUGAUAUUUCAUUUGUUAUAUAUGACACAACACCUAGUAGGGAAAUUGAUUUCAAUGAAAAUAUACCAGAUUAUAGAAUUCAAGAUAUUGUUACUGGUAAAUUAGGUUCAGACGGAUUGCCCCAAUGGAAUACUAACAAAUACCCAAAUUCAGUUAAAGAUAAAAAUGGGAAUACUAUUAUCCAAAGCAAAGAGUCAUUUUCUGAAUGGUUCAGACCAGUCCAAGGAAAAACAUUUCCAAUUAUUAAAACAAUGAAAUAUGGUAAAAGUAAAGACCCUAAAUUUGACUGCCAAUACAUCAUCAAUCACCCAAUAGAUAAUCAAGGUUUUGACAAUAAAAUCCAAUACCCAUCGUCUGGCAAAGCUGUUGCAAAUACCACUCAUAACUAUUACUACACAAUGCAUAUGAAACUAAAUGUGCAGGUAUUGGAUGGUAGUGAACCUAUUGUAGAUGUUUCCCUCUAUAAUGAUGUCAUGAUCUAUAUUGAUGGUAACCUAGCUUAUCAAAUGUUUUACUCUGGUGAGGCUGAUGGGGUUAGCUACAAUUUAUUAAAAUAUAAACCAGAUGCUAAAGUGGGGGAUGUGUUCCAAGUUGAUGUAUUUACAACCCAAAGAAAAAUUCCAUCUCCAGACUAUGAAUUUAUAAUUUCAUUUUCAAGUUUAAAGAUCUUUUGUCCAUUUGUUGAUAGUGCUGGUGUAUGUUUAGGUGACGGUUCAUUAACUCCAUGCGAUAACGAUCCAUGCAAGCAGAUGGUUGAUGGAGUUUGUUAUUACUCUGGCAACUGUAUAUCAAGCGAAGAACCCUCUUCAAUUGGUAUACUUACAACCACCUCAGUUCCAAAUAAACCACACUAUAGAUGUGACCAAGACUCAUGUCCAAGGGGUUAUAACUGUAUUCAAUUGCAAAAAGCAUAUACCUGUGUUUCUUGUUGGUUUUACGAUCAUUGCUCACCUGAUCUCUUAAAACUAUUUAAUUAAAAGAAAUUUCAAAAAUAAUAAAAAUUUAAAAAUUAAAAU